AUAUGUAAUAAUUUUGGAAACUGCCAAUGCUUUCCUGGCCACAGGCCUCCAGAUUGUAAAUUCCAGAUUGGUUCACCAGGGGGCAGUAUUGAUGAUGGAAAUUUUCAGACAUCUGACCACAAUACACCUCAGAACAACUGGCUUAUUUUGAGUUUCUACAUUCUUCUACCAUUUCUUAUAAUUUUCACCACUGUGAUCAUUAGGAGAAAUGAAAUGAACAAAUCAUGCAACAGAGAGAGCAAAGGAUAUAAGGG